UCUCGCCACUGUUAUUGAACCCUUGGGUUUACUAAGCUGCUGCAUGGGCGCUACACUACUGUAAGGCAGUGCAUAUCCUUCCUUAAAUGCAGUCUACAUGAUUUAAAUAAAACUGAAGUGGAAAAAAAAACCUGAAUCCGCCCAAUCCUCGGAGGCUUUAAAUAAGUGAAGUGUUCAGCCUGCAAUUUAAUGCAACCACAAGGAUGAAAUACUGCUCUGAAUAAACAGGAACAUAGACAAACUGUUUGGCUCAAAAUAUGGGUAUGUAUAAACCAGCAACUGUGUGUUCAUCUCCGUGUCUCUGCUUGAGAUUCAUUCUGUAUUUUAGUAUGUCUAGUGUUGUCGCUGCUCUCAUUAGUAAACGCUGCAUGACUUUCGAUGAGCAUCUCCUCAAUGACAUUGGUACUUUGUGCUAUCAUCAGCCCGGGCUUGGUCCCUAUGGCGAAUGCAAAAACGUAGACUUCCAAAAAGAUCUCUUGGAGGUUGAGACAGGAAUCAGAUCCCUUUGCAUUUACAGUGAUUCUACAGUCAUUCCAGCCAGUGCUUUCUCACACCUUGCAACCUUGGAACAUCUGGUAAUAUAUGGAUAUAAUCUCAGGAGGAUCCAGUCUGGUGCCUUUUCCGGCCUUUUCAACUUGAAACAGCUGCGUGUUUUUUUCAGUGACUCUGAUUGCAGCAUUGUUGUCUUGGACACUUCUGUGUUUGCUGGAUUGGAUAAUCUAGAGGAAAUAUACUUAAAAGGAUUUCGUUUUUCUAACAUUCCCAAUAACACAUUUGAGCAUCUGGUCAGUUUAGUUAAACUUUCUCUGGACACUGUUUGUGUGGAGGAACUUGGUGAGGUUUUAUGCAGUGUCCCAGAUGAAAUGUCCCGCUUGAAAUAUCUAGAGGUAUUUGACAGUGGCAUCACUUCCAUCAGAAACCGAGGCUGUCCAUCAUGGCCUUCAGCUGUACUUGCAGGGAUACAGGUUUUAGAUCUUACUCAAAACCCUAUUAAAAUAAUUGAGGCCGGCUCUCUGGCAGUGUUUCAGAACCUUUCAAGUCUCUCUCUACGUUUUUGUGGUGUAUGGCUGGGAGAAAUUUGGGAGUCUGGAGUUGGAAAACUGAGCGACAUUGUGUUGUCUGGACGUGUAUUAGAAGAAUAUUCUACAAGCUGCAAAGAUAUGUGCCAGCUAGUUUCUAACUUGAAUCUCCACACUCUCGAAUUAUCCUAUAUACUCUUAGAUUCACUGUCAAUGGAAGAUUUAAAGGAUUGUGGAAUAGAACUUACAGUGCUUGGUAUAUAUAAUUCAAGAGUCCAGCAGUUGGACCCAGCAUUCUGGAGAAGUGUAGCAGGAAUACAGACAAUGGUUUUGGCCAAGAUGGCAUUGACUGAAGCCUCAUUCUGUGUUUCUGCCAAUGGGACUGUUUGGAAUGUAACUACUCUGAAUCUAAAUGGGAACCAUCUAACAGUAGUCAAAACACACCAGUUUGUUUGCACCCCUCUACUCGAGCAACUACUUCUUAAUGAAAAUGCGAUUACAACUCUAGAACCUGAAGCAUUCAUUGGUCUGCAUCAUCUUAAGAUUCUCAAACUUAGCUUGAACAAGAUCAAAAUGCUUGCUGCCGAUGACUUUCGGUAUCUUCGAUCUCUAGAAGUCCUGCUUAUUGAUGAAAAUGUGAUUAGUAGUAUAGAGGAUGGGAUCUUUCGAAACCAGGGGGAGCUGCGUGAACUUGCAUUUGGAAGGUUGGAGUAUGUCUAUGAAUUACAUCUGAACUUGUUGUUUUAUGGUUUUCCAAAGGACAUGCAGCGUCUCAGCAUUGAUGCAGAUGUCGGGACUAGUAUUUUUAUCGGAUCUAUUGGAAGACCCAAAGGAAGCUUCAGGUUUGAGUUGAAUGGAUAUAUGCUCUACAUCGGAGACAACUAUCCUCCCUUUUUGGAAUCUGUCCGAGAGCUUAAGCUGAGUGGACAUGGAUUUUAUUUGAAGAAUGAUUUUUUCGUUCCUUAUUUUACGCAUCUAGAAUCUUUAGAGUUGUCAGCUGAUCCUGAGCUUGUGCUCCUCGAUUACACGGGAAUCAGCAGUUUGCGUUAUCUCAAGCGUCUCAAACUCAUCAACCUUAAUUUCUCAAACACCACCAAUCCUGGUAUGACCCUCUGGAAUCUAAAACAGCUACAGAUCCUUGUACUCUAUAACUGCCGUCUCAAUUUCCUGACAAAGAUGAUGUUCAAAGACCUGCACUCACUGGAACUGUUGUAUCUCUGCAGUGUCAACCCACUAAUCUUACAGGAUGGAAUGUUUGAUGUCUUGCCAGUUCUGAGAGCUGUGGUGCUUGAAACAGUGAACUUUCGAUGUGACUGUGAGACCGGCUGGUUCCUCGAAUGGGCACAGAAUACACGAGCACAGGUGAUCAAUCUGCAGAAGCAGCAAUGUGCCUGGCGUUACCAGAAACUGAAUUUAAUGUCCACCAUGGAGAAGUUAUGUCAGACAGAUGUGCAGUACCUGUGUUAUUUGGGCACUGUCAACAUCAUAAGUCUGCUGCUGUUAAGUGCUCUUAGCUAUCGCUUUGCUUACUGGCCUUGCAUGGUCUUCAUCUUUCGACUCCGAGGAUAUAUGGAGAGGAAUUUCGGUAAACGUUGGUGGAGGAGGAGGCAAAGGAACAGAAGGGAUGAACUAGAAGCUGAAGAAGACAUGAAAUAUGAUGCAUUUGUGUCAUUCAGUAGCCAUGAUGAAGUUUGGGUCUUGGAGGAGUUUGCUCCAAAGCUGGAGGAACAAGGCCAACCCAGGCUGCGACUCUGCUUGCACAGCAGAGACUUUGAGGUGGGAAAGGGAAUUGUCGAUAACAUAGCAGAGAGUAUCUACAGCAGCCGGCGCACGGUGUGUGUGCUUAGUCGUCGGUAUCUGCGAAGUGACUGGUGCAGCCUGGAAAUGCGAGUAGCAACACACCGACUACUGGAAGAACAGAAACAUCGUCUCAUUCUCAUCUUUCUCGAGCACAUCUCCCCAUUUGAGCUCAGCACUUUCCAUCGCUUGGCCAAGCUGGUGAAAUCACACACAUAUCUGGACUGGCCACAGGAUGAGGCGGAGAGGAUACACUUCUGGGAACGUUUGAGAAGAAACAUUGCUGAUGGGGAUAUGGAUGCUCCUUAAAAAUAUGUACCACCAUAGAGGACUAAGUGAGGACAAUGUUUAGAUUUCGAUGGUGUAUGCAAAAUGUUUAAAUGUUUGUAUACACAAAAUCAUACAAUAAUGCAAAGCUAACUGUCAAAAAUAGAUUUUUUAUCCCCUUUAAAUUUCCAGCUUAUUAUUCAGUUAUCCAUCCAUGCAUCCAUCCAUCUAUACCGCUUAUCCUUCAGGGCCGCAGGGAACCUGGAGCCUAUCCCAGGAAGCAUCAGGCACAAGGUGGGGUACACCCUGGACAGGGUGCCAAUCCAUCAAAGGGCACACUCACAUACACAUACACACCCAUUCAUGCACUACGGACACUUUGGACAUGCCAAUCAGCCUACCAUGCAUGUCUUUGGACUGGGGGAGGAAACCGGAGUACCCGGAGGAAACCCCUGCAGUACAGGGAUAACAUGCAAACUCCGCACACACAGGGUAGUGGCGGGAAACGAACCCCCAACCCUGGUGGUGUGAGGCAAACGUGCUAACCACUUGCUUUAUCAUUAAGCAUAUACAGUAUACUCAGUAACUGCAAACAAAAAUGGGUUUAAUUUACACUGAUAACUUUUUCAAUUAAAUUUCUUUGUUUCUAGUGUUUUGAAACUGGUUGAUAAAACUUUGUAAACAAUCUACCAUAAUAAUUAGAUGAAGCAGUGUGACAAGUUUUCAUAAAUAAGGAAUUUAAAUAAUAAAGUAUACAGUGUGUGUGUUGUCGCACUGCACACUAUAUGCGAAUAGCUAAAACAACAGCACCAGAUUUUGGGAAUGUAAAACACAUUUUAACAAAUAUAUAUAAUUAUAUAUAGGAAAAAAAAUGUUUUAACAAAUAUCAAGCAGAAAAAGCUACCACUAUAUUGAUUCAAUACAAUUCAAUUCAGUUUUCCAUUUGCAUGAUUAUUUGAUUCAUCAGUAAAAAUUUGGUUUAUAUUAAUAGGUUAGUUUUGUAGAUAAUCACCAGAACUAAAUUUAACAAAUAAUCUGAGGACAGUUCAUCAAGAAACAAUGACCUUAACAAUGAUCUGUACAGAAUUCACUUAGAAUUGUCGUUUAAUAAUAAAAAAUUGCAUGCUUCUCCAUAAAUGUAGUUUUGCAUGAUUUUCAUUGUUUGUUUGUUAUUUUCUGUUAUAUCUAUUAAUGGUGAUUCAUUUGCCGAGCUGGGAAUAUUUGUAGCCAUGAAUAUGUUGAAUAAGAAGAGGAUUCAAAUUUGUCAUUUGAAAGAAGCCUUCUCUGUUUUUACUGACUACAUCAAUCACUCAUCUGAACCAAAAUAGUCAACAUCAUGUUGAACCCUGGUGGUUUUCCUGAAGUUUUUAUUCAAAUGUUUUAUUCAAAUGUAUCAAAAUGUUUUCAGUUCUGCUUUUUGUGGCUGUGUAACUUAUACCUCACCAUAGAAUGAAUAUCUUCAUCCUCUUAAUAAAGUAACACAUAGAAA